UCACACCUUAUGGGUUCCAAACCUCUAUAUCCGGAUGUAAACAAAGUUUUUGUUUCCCUUAUAGGCAGACACAGCAAAGUGGACUUUUGCACCGCUUGCCAACUCAGCUGGGAGUGUUUUGAUACUAGAUAUACAUAUCGUUUGCCUCUACAUCCCAUGCAAAUGAGAAGGAUGUCAUCAAGAGGAUGUUACACUGACUGAGCGUCAUAAUAAUAACUUUGGACUGAAGAAGUGAACGGCUAACCACAUUUUAUAAACUGUGGUUGUGAAACACGAUUAACUGAGACAUAAAGUCUCUGUUGUUUACAUCAUUAUGACAGCCACAUCUAGUGAAGGAAAAGCAGCCAAGAUGCUUGAUGCUCUGCAAAGUGACCUUAAAUCACUUUGCAUGGAAACAAAAAAGAGGUAUCCACAUAUCAAAGAUUCGUGUGAAGAAGCAAUCAUCAAGGUGCGUGGGGCCUCGAUGAACCCUCAGUCAUCCUUGUCUCAGAUCACUUCCCAGAUACUCUAUCCUCUUGUUCAAGCAACAGAGACCAAGGAUCCAAAGAUUGUCAAGUUGUCUUUAGGGCUUAUUCAGCGGCUGAUAGUGGCAGAUGUGGUGGAUGUGAGCAGUGGAGAACAUGUGGUAGAGACAUUAUGGAUGCUUAUGGAGACAGGCAUUGAGGAACUAAAGGUACUGCAGACCGUAACGCUUCUCCUUACCACCAGCACUGUCAUUCAGGGACCAAAUCUUGCUAAGGCUCUUGUUCUGUGUUUUCGCCUGCACUUCACAAAGGAUGCUACAGUUGUAAAUACUGCUAGUGCAACUGUCCGACAACUUGUUAGUGUUGUGUUUGAGAGAGUAGUGGCUGAAGAUAUUAAGCAUGUUAAAGAAGAUGGAGGUACUGAGGAUGAAGGUGAUGAAAAUGUUAGCUUGGAAGAGCUGAAAGUUCUGAGUGCUAAUUCACCAAAGACACUGAGGCCUGCUGCUGCUGAUGCUUAUCUAAUGUUUCAGGACUUGGUGCAGUUAGUGAAUGCAGAUCAACCAUUGUGGCUUCUUGGUCUAACAGAAAUGACGCGAACUUUCGGGUUGGAACUUCUGGAAUCCGUCCUCACAACAUUUCCGACAGUUUUUUACAAUUCAGGGUUGCCCGUGUCGCUGAGAACAUUUGGCCUAGAACUCCUUACAUCAAUCCUGAGCCUGUAUCCAACAGUGUUCUACACACACCCAGAGUUCAAGUUUCUAUUGAAAGACAGAGUGUGUGCUCUGGUUAUUAAGUUGUUCUCUCCAAACAUCAAGUACCGAGCCUCAGUGCCUGCCAGCGUUCAGCAGGCAACACCCCUGGACAAGCCAUAUUUUCCCAUUGCCAUGAGGCUACUCAGAGUUGUGUCAGUUUUGAUACAAAAGUAUUAUCCUCUAUUGGUCACUCAGUGUGAAAUAUUUUUGUCAUUGAUGGUGAAAUUCCUAGAUGGAGAUCGACCAAUGUGGCAACGUGGCCUUGCCUUAGAGGUGCUACACAAGCUGGCUACUCAGCCUAACCUGCUGCAGUCCUUUUGUACCAAUUAUGAUAUGAAGCCACAUGCUACCAAAAUAUUUCAGGAUAUAGUUAACAGCUUGGGUGCAUUUGUGCAGUCACUCUUCAUCUCACCGCAAUCAAGUGCCGGUGCUCAGCUGGGAGGAGGAGGCCAGGGAGGAGCACAGGGUCAGUCUCCAGCACUGUUGGCUGGGAUGCCUGUAGGUCCAGGUGUUUCCCCUCAGCCAGCAUUCUUCUACAGGGGGGUUUACCUUCCAUUGUGUGUUAACAUUCCCACAGGACAGGCAAAAUCUUCAUAUUUAGAAAUGCUAGACAAACUGGAGCCGCCAACGAUACCCGAUGGCUAUGGUGUGAGUGUGGCAUACUACUGUCUUCUUGAUAUCAUUCGUUCUAUCCACUUGGUUAUGAUGGGUCCACAAGCUACUAGUGAUGGUGUAGCAGGAGCGGGUGAACAGUACAAUCCUAACGAUGAGGACCGCAAGAUCCAUGAACAACUAGUGAACUCUGCAUGGUGUGGCCUGCUAGCUGCUCUCACUAUCCUGUUAGAAGCUUGUACUGAUGAAGCUGCAACAGAGAAUAUUCUUAAAGCUAUACAGACAUUUGCAAGCCUGGCAGGAAAGCUUGAGCUGACAACGCCACGUGAUGCCUUCAUCACUGCCCUGUGCAAAUCGUGCCUCCCUCCUCACUACACACUGACAGUACUCAAUAAUGCCAGUGUAGCAGCUGCAGCAUCUGCUUCCUCAGUGUCUCGUGGCCAUCAGCGCUCGCCCAGUUCUGAGUCGCAGCAUCAGUAUUAUGACUCGGAGGGAUCUUUUCACUGGCAGGUACGCCAUCAAGUUGUAGCGGUGGGGACAGCACUAGCUACACCGUCUCUGCCAGUAGGGGCACAACAGGGCCCGGUGAUGCUCACCAACAAGAACCUACAGUGCAUGAGAGCAACUCUCUCCAUGGCACACUGUCAUGGUGGCGUCUUAGGAGCAGCGUGGCACCUGCUGCUUACAACGUUACAGCAUCUUGUCUGGAUACUUGGCCUCAAACCCUCAACUGGUGGAAGCUUAAAGGCAGGGCGAAGCACUGCUGAGACGAAUGCUGUGAUUACAACAGCAGUUAUUGCAGAUCUACCUGUCCUUUCAUCAAUGCUCAGUCGUCUAUUUGAGUCUUCUCAGCAUCUUAAUGAUGUAGCUCUCCAUCACCUCAUUGAUGCACUCUGUCAACUAUCCAGGGAGUCAAUGGAGUUGGCUUACACCAACAGAGAGCCAUCACUGUUUGCUGUUGCCAAAUUGCUUGAAACAGGUGUGGUCAACUUGGGUCGAGUUGAGGUGUUGUGGAGACCAGUAACCAAUCACCUGCUGGAUGUAUGCCAACACCCACAUGUUCGUAUGCGGGAGUGGGGUGUAGAAGCGGUUACUUAUUUAGUGAAGGCAGCACUUACUCACAAGCACAACCCGCCUCUUAAAGACAAUCAGAAGUUACAAACCCUGCUGCUCUCACCACUGUCUGAGGUAUCACUGGUAGGCCAUCCCGAUGUGCGUCAAAAGCAGUUGGAGUCUCUCCUACACAUUCUCCACUCUUGUGGGGAACUCUUACAUCAUGGAUGGCCUUUAAUCCUCAAUAUUAUUGGAGCCAUCAAUGAUAAUCACAGUGAACAUCUGGUUCGGCUAGCCUUCCAGUGCUUGCAGCUGGUCGUCACUGACUUCUUACCACUUAUGCCAUGGGCAUGCCUGCCUCUUACUGUUGAUACAGCAGCCAAGUUUGGCUCACAGACUCAAGAACUAAACAUCUCACUCACUGCUAUUGGUCUUAUGUGGAACAUCUCAGACUAUUUCUACCAGAACCAGGAAAAGCUUCGGGCCUCCCUAACGUCAGAUAACCAAGUAUUUCCAGAUUUUCCAGGAGUCCCUAAUAUGCCUCCUUUUGACAAACUAUGGAUGUGCCUUUAUGCUAGACUUGGUGAUUUGUGUGUGGAUUCUAGACCUGCAGUUCGCAAGUCAGCUGGCCAGACACUCUUCUCCACCAUCGCUGCUCAUGGUGCAUUACUUCAUAAUCAGACUUGGCAAGCAGUCUUGUGGCAGGUGCUGUUUCCUUUGCUGGAUAAGGUGAGACAGCUGUCAGAUUCUGCAAGCACAGAUAAAGUAGACCAAGGCGGCAAUAUUCUUAUUCAUCACUCACGCAACACACAGCAGAAGCAGUGGGCUGAAACACAGGUACUAACACUGUCAGGUGUUGCUCGGGUCUUUAGUACAAAGCAGAAGAUCCUCCAAGGCUUGGGUGACUUUCCACGAGCCUGGGCAUUACUUCUUGAUUUCAUUCACACUGCUGCUCUCUCCAAAAGCAAUGAGGUAUCAUUAGCAGCUCUCAAGUCUCUACAAGAAAUGCUUCAAGUUGGAAGGUCUUCUUCAUCCGUCUCUUCUAACUCCGAGGAUCUCGGCUCUCCAACCCACUUACAGGCACCAAUUCCAGAAGAUUCUAUUGCUAACUGGAACACUGCAUGGAAGGUUUGGCACACUAUUGGCAGUGAAGUGACAAAGCCACCUCCUGAUGAAGUAACAAGAGGAUCAGAUGCAUAUAUCCCUUCACAACCUUUCCUCACUGCCUUGGUGCACAUUUUUCCACAUCUAUUCCUACAUAUCAAGCCACGCUUUGUUGUUAGUGAUUUCAAUCGCUUGGCAUCUGUUUUGUUGGGUUGUGUAUCAGUGCCUGUUCAUGGAGACUCAUCACCCUUCAUCCUUCCGUCCUUUACUGAAGUUGUUGUAACCCCUUUGCAAGAGGGCAUUUUACAAGCCCUAUCAGGAGUGGAAAAGGAGAUAACGGAAGGGAAUGGUGCAUCACGAGCAAUGGUUCCACAGCUGUUCACACUUCUCCUACAGUUUUCAUUGUACAGUUGCCAGGCUCCUAGUUAUGGCAAUGUUCUUACCAGACCUCACACUACUAAAGGAUCGACUGACUGGGUAACCAUGAACUUUGUGCCCUUCGCUGAAAGAUCAAUGUCUAUGGUGGUAUCGCUCUAUCAGAAAACCUCCAACUGGCCGGAAGUUAUAGAGUCACAAGUUCUGAAGAAUAUUAUUCAGGCCAGCAUAACGCCUCUACGCCUCAAGUAUCGGUGUCCGGCUCAAACAACGUGGAAGCUCGUCAUCACAACCCUGUUGACAGUGCUACAAGAGGGACUUCAACUGGCCAGAGAAUAUCCUGUGCACUUUAGAGAGAUGUGGCCAGUUUUAGGAACAGCUCUUGACAGUUUUCUUUUCUCAAACAGCCCCCCACCAGCAAACCAGAGCAGUGAAGAUGCUGAGCGCGAUGAAAAUAUUGACUGUCAGGUAGUAGAGUUGAUUAGAGAAGAAAUCCUGCCUUAUGCCUCCACCACACCUAGUGACUUUAUAGUGUCCAUUAUGGUGCUUCUAAAUAAAGGCUCCAUAGAGUCUGCAUCUGGUAGUGACUCUGAGUGUGAGGGAUUCAAGCUGCGGGAAGAGUUUGCAAAGACAUGUUUUGAGACUCUACUUCAAUUUUCCCUUCUCACUCCAACUGACUUCGAUCCCAGCCUUGAUGGUUCAGGUAAAGCAGGCUCCAGCAAAGCCACUGAAACAAGUAAUGGUUACACAACACAGAGCUCACCUACAGAUGUAGGAAAAUGUGAAUCAACACAAGUAACCACAAAAUUAGCCGUCACAUCUCUCCUGCAUCGUUUUAGAGAAGUCCUUGUUAAAUAUGUGGAUGACGAGAAGCUUAGUGGAAAAUGUCCUUUACCCAGACACAGAAUAGCUGAGAUAAGCUUUGUACUUAAAGCUAUAGCAACGCUGUUGUCAUCCCUCAAAAAGGCACCAGUAGAAAAAGUGGACAGCAUGACAUGGACACAGUUGAUUGGUCUUUACCCUCAUCUUGUGGAAGUAGGUGGGGCAAGCAGCACCGGCACACCUCAGCUGUGGAGAUCACUCAGAGAAGUUCUCUUACAGUACGCUCAACUGCUACAUCCGCCUUUACCAUCUCCUGUGGAUUCAAGUGAUAAUACACAUGUUGGUCUCAUUAAUGGAACUUAAAUUGUUAUUUUUUUUUUAGUGAGUUUUAUAAAUAUUAAAGUUUGUGAAUGAAUGAGCUUGAGUGUAUAGGGAAUCUGAUAAAAGCUUAUAAUGUACUGUAUAUUGGAUUAUUUUGUUUUAAGGUCACGUAUUGAAAAUUGCAGUGAGGCACUUAGUAUUGGUGAUAACUGUUCAUAUAACAAAUAUUGAAUAGUGGAGGCAGUGUCUAAAGAAAUUCAGAUUUAACAAUAGAUAAAAUUAAUAUUCUAGUGUUCUCUAUUUUAAAUUCUAGAUACAGUGUAUUGCAUAUUCUUGGGCAUGUAAAAUUUGGCACUACCCAUCCACUCGUGAUGAUAAUUGUUACGUAAUACUUGUGUCCCCACGUCAUAAGAUUAGAAAUGGGGUCGUGAUAUUGAUGAUGAUAAUAAUAGUACAGUAAUAUUAAUACAAAAUUUACAAAAUAUUGAGUUUCCCUAGAGUGUGUGGUGUGAAUGUAUAAAGUAUUUGACUAUAAGAAAAGGCAUAGUAUUUCCUGGGCAAGUCAAUUUAAUCUUGUUCUGCACUUAAGCUUGUGCUGUAUUUUUGCAAGAUGAGAUGUACAUAAUUACAAAAAGUAUGCAACUAACUAAAUAAAGUAUCAUAGAAAAGGUAUAAAUGAAGCUCUGUAUUUCUUGUCAGUUUGAAUAUCAUGAGAAAUAUUGCAUGUACGCUAUAUCAAGAUAACCCAAAUGAUUUUUUCCAUUUACGUAAAUUAUAUUUUUUAAAUAUUUGGAAUAUCUUAAAAUAUAAGUACUAUGCUGUGUUUACAAUAAGGUUUGUGAAUUUUUGUGUUUUGAUUUGUAUGGUAAGUGUAAUGAGUGUAGUGUAAGGAUAGCAGUACUCACAGCUGCUAUUGCACUCAAGAGCUUGGCUUAUAUCCGCUUAAGGUGAGUACAAAGUCUGGGCUUUUGUAUUGUAGUUUCUUUCACAUACAAGAGCUGACAGUUAUUUUUAAUUAUAUGUAAAUAAAAUACAUAGCAUAUGGUGACACAGUUUUGCAGUGAAUAAAACUUUGAACACAGCUUGUAGGGGCUCAGUAAGGGAUGUUUUGAAGAGCUUUCUUCUCUGGCUGCUAUAUCAUCACAUCAGUGGCUCAGAUUGUCAGAUUAAUGUGUACUAUAUGCAUCAUUCGUUGUGCUCUUGCUGUGUUUGGAGUAUAAGAAUGUAAUGAACACAAUCUUAUUUUACACUGGCUAAAUAUGUAGAAUCUCACAUACAUCUAUAUGUUAAGCAUGUGUAAAUAAAAUCAGAGUAUAUCAUGUAUCUUGGUUGACAGUGUUAAGGUGUUUCUCUAAGCACCUCUGUUUAGCAUUAUUAUUAAUUCCUGUUGUAGCUCCUUAUUUUAUAGGCAAUGUGAACUGCAGUUCAUUUAUUAUUCAAGUACAAUAUUGUUUCAAAGGACAGUAUGCCAAUUUGCUCAUUAGGCUUUAGAAUGAUAAUCUCUUUAUUUUUGUCUCAAAACUGCACUAAAAUUUCAACUUCACCGUAAUGAAUUUAAUUUUUUUUACAAUUUGGCCUAUAUCUGUGGGCCUUGGUCUGGAUUGUGUCUGCUAGCUUGGGAGAAUUUACCCCAUCAUGGCGUUCCUCGAUUGUGGUAAGGUAUGAGUGCUUUGUUGGAGAGUUCCUUCAGCCACCUGCUGGGGUAGAAGCAGGACCAAAGUUGUCUGUGGCUUUAUCAUGUAUAGAUCCAAAUAUUCCCCAUUUCCCUUUUAUCUGGAGGUUGAGGCUAUCAAGUGGCUGCAGCGCCAAGGAAAGGGGAAGCAAAAUGCUGCUUUGGUGAAAAGAUAAGGGUAGGUUCAAAUGUUUCAGACUGAAUCAAUUACAAAAUCAGCAAAUUUUUCAUUGAUUUUAACAAUGAUGCUGUAUAACACCCUCACUAUUCCUAGGGGGCCACUCACCCUCAGUUAUUUUUCUUGUACCUCUCACAUUCCAACAUUAGAUAUAUUUGGUUUACCUACUUGUACCAAAUAUUUUUUUCAUUAUACACUACGGACGAUAUACGGUUGUUGAUGAUCUACAUAUUCACCUACUUCAGUUCUUUGAUUAAUAUUACCUUCCAUUUCAGUCUGACACACAUUAUUGAGAUCCAGUGUGUUUCAGAAACAUGCUGACCACCUUACUUAAGAGUUGGUGAGGUUCUGGUUAGUCACUGAAAAUAUCUGACUGAAUACAAGUACAGGUACUAUUGUAUUCCCCCCCCCCCCCCUCCUCCCCUCCCCUCCCCCAUCUUUCAGCUGGCAGCAGAGAUCUUAAGAAAUGCAAUGCCAUUUCAGGCUUUGCAGCAUUUCUUUGUCCAGGUGGACUUGUUCACCUGCCCCCUCAUGUUAAGCGUAUUAAUGAAUACCUCCCCCUUCUAUAUCACUAAAACUAUAUAUGACAGUUGAACCCCACCAACCUCAGUUAUCCUGGGGAAGAUGCUGGUCAAAUAUUCUGUCCAGGAAUAUAUACUCUACCAACUCCAAUGAUUGCUGGAAGUUUAUCCAUGGUGCCUUGACAUGCUUAAGUGCAUUGCUCUUUUUGCCAUUUUGUAGCAAUUCUGGACAUGUCAUCAUUGCUUACACAACUGCACUCGCUCGCUGCAUUAAUAGCAAUGAUUGAGGUAGUCUGGGGUUUUUGUUAGUUUUGGGGGUGCACAAUUCAGGUUCACUGCUUACACCUUUCCUCACCGUGUUUUCCCAGGCCAGGAGUUGAUAUGAGUUUACCAGGCAUCUCCUACGUCUGGCCUCCUGACCAGUCACCCCAGGUCAGGUCAGUGCAGGUAAUCCGCAGGUCUCAUGUGGUCCGGGAUAGGCAUUGACCUUCCCUCCAAGUCUGUUCCCACUCUGUGCUGUUUUUCUUAAUGCUAUGCUAAAGAGGCCAUUCAGGCCUGUCUCAUCUCCUAGAAGUAAAUUCUUUACUCAGAAUUUUACCCGAUCACUCAUAAUGCCAUUUUCAAAACAUUAGAGAGAAAUUGUUAUGUAUUCCAAACAACAAAUUACUAGGUCCGUACAAGCAAGUGUGACAUAAACUCGUAACCUUCCUUCCCCCCUACUUCCUGGAAAAUGAUGAAUGCCUCUGGUUAGGUUAAUUAUUAGCCACAUUCUAUUAACUCAAUGAAACAGACAUGCACCUUACUAUCAGAACUACAUUGUCCUACUAAUGGUUGCACACCUGAAAAUAUCCUGAUUUUCAGAAUGAUCAGAAAUCUUGUUUUUUCCAAUCAAAUAUCCAUCCCUUGAUAAAAUCCUUGGUGAAUCUGAUACCUUUGACAUUGCUUCUCUUAAGUUUUUCCACUCUUGUAUUGGCAUCCUAAAUGAUAUCUAUAAUUUUUUUAAUAUUCUGCAAGUGCUUAAAAAGUCUUCCAGGCUUGGCACUUUUUUUUUUUUUAAUGGGAGAAUUCCUCCAACUUCAUUAUAAGUCUGAUUGCAUGGCAUAGCAGGCAUUAAUCAUUUGUAUUUAAACAUUUAUGAUCUGUAUUGGUAUAUUAUAAUUAUUAUUAGUACUUUUUCAAAAUAUUUUGUGGAGAGGACUCGUUUGUCAAAUGGGGUUAGGAUAGAGUUUAACUGGUAGCUGAAAAUAUUUUAAUUAUUUAAGAGUUCAAAGCAUGGAAGUAAAGAUUAAAGUUUUCAAAAACUGUUUGAUUCUGUAAUCAUUAAAGUUUCAAAAUAGCUAAGGUAAACUUGGGUGCCAUUCUUAGUGAGGAAAGUAGGCAAACCACCAUUACCAGAAAGGUGCAUCUGCAACAAAGUGUUGGGGAGGGGAUUAAAAUUUGCCUGCUUGAAGAUAUAAAAGCACUUUAGUAAGUACAGCAAAUGGAGUGUGUACAUACUUAGAACUUGGUAUAUAUUUUUUGUAAUGCUGUAUAUGUAUGUUAUAUGACCAGGAUUUGAACUGGUUCUCUUGUUCAUCGACCAGAUAAAAUAAAGUAGAGCGGAAAUGAAGCGAUCUGUAGUGAUGUUAAGAAUUUUGGGUAGUAUGUGAAAGUUGUAUAGAUAUACCCUGUGGAUUAAAGACCAAUUAUUAGUUUAUUUAUUUUUAAACACAUGCAUAAACAAAUUUUGUACAUGUAUAUACAGUAGUAGUAGGCAUCAAUCAGUCUCAGGAGACUAUAGACUUGCGCACUGACGUCGGCCUGGUCUGGAGUGGCCUCACCAGGGCGCAAAGCCAGGGUAGGUUGAUUCGGGGGAGAAGCUGUUACCCAGGCAGCAGGUCCCCCGACCUGCUGCCAUUGUAUAUACUUCUCCAGUGCAGUAUAUAAAAUAGUCUAUAUACUGUACUUUUUUCUUCAAAGUUAUUCCUGACAGGAAUAGAAUGCCAUUAUUGUACUACACAGCUACAAAUUAUGUUAACAUUUCUAAUUUGGUAAUUAGAACAUACAAAUAUUUUCUCAAGGUGAAAUUAUAAUGCAGUUGUAGAUACAAGUUCACAGACUGCUUGUUGAGCUGCCUCAUGUAAAAUUGAAUCGUCAGUUGCUAGUGGGAAAAUGUAUUUGUUUCUUUGGCCAUGACUGCCAUUCUCAACUAGCAACUGCAGCAGGUAUUGUUUAUAAGAUUUACACUAGAAUAGCUCACUGAGCAAUGUGUGAGCUUUAAUCCAAAACACCAUAUUAAGAAAUAUAAAUUUUUUAUAUCUGUUCUUUAUCCAACGAGGCCUGUUUCCUCCCUUCCUGUUUGUAAUGAAUGAACUGAACUGUAGCAGUGCAAAAAUUCUAUAGUUUUAUACCAGCUUACGUUCGUGCAACUCAAAACCCACACAAAUCACAGGUACAGUAUAUGGAUAAAAUAGUUAAAUUCCAGAAUUCUCCAAGUCCCCAUUUGUCUGUACUAAAAAAUACAAGAACAGUUAUAUUAUUAAUGUUCAGUGCUUCUAGUUUCUAACUACAAAUGCAGGACAUAGUGAAGUUCAAAAUAGUUGAAAUGUUCAAUGAGGCAUAAAUUUAUCCGAAGAAGUUUAUAAAACAUUAAAUUACAGGUUAGGAGAGUCUAACUUACCAAGAAUACAAUUGAACUGCAUUAUUUUCUCCACACAAAUUUUAAAAUCUUAGUCAUAGGCUUUACUCUAUUACCUUGAUGUUGUCUUAAUACUUGGAGUACUUGACCCAGCUGUAUACACUUUAAUUAUCUUUCUGCAUUAUUUUUGAUGAUACGAGUUGCUCAACUUAUUGACCCCAUUGUGGCAGCAGACUUAUCAAGCUUCGUUUGCAGUGUCAACAUUUCCUUCCUUUAUUCCAAUGCAGCAGUUGCUGGAUGUUAGGCAGGUGCUACAUGCAAGAAUGUAAUCCUUUAAAGUUUGUAAAACACUAAAAAAGUAUGGAAUCACAAGAAUCAAAUGCCAUUAAAAAAAAUAGUACUAUGCUUUACUCGUCCUAUUAAUGCAGGUCACUAUACGGCUAGCACGCUUUGUCGAGAUUGUUCUCGACCUGAGUUGCGUCAAAAUUUGCUUGCUCAAUUUAAAAACUUUUUCAAUUUAAAAAUUAUUAAACUCCAAAUCCUCAUUACUCAAAACUGCACAAGACCAAUUAGAAUGUGCAUUUUUUUAUAUAUAAAAAUUUUCAACACACUAACUUAGUCUGAUCAAAUUAACUUAAAGAUACAGUACUAUACUAAUACACUGUAAUUUUUUUUUAUAAAAAAUGAAGUAUGGUGGAUUGUAUUAAUUUUUUGAGCGUUACUAAAGAUGUUUUUUCUAGUAAUUUUUGGCCUAGGAAGUUUUCUCCAUGUUUUAAUCUUUUUACUGCUUUGAAGUACUUCAACCUCCCAUCAGCAGUCUUGAGAACUCAUUUAAUCUUUAGCCUCUAUCCUACAAGUUAUGUUUUUCACUUUUAAUCAGCAGCUCAACAAUGACUCGGCCUAAUUGUUUAAAAUUUGGUACUCGUGUGCCAUAGCAUUUGUAUAUUAUUUUAUAUUGAUCUAUGGCUUUUUAGAUUCCUUGUGGUAGGUUAGAGAAUAUAUAAAGUUUUGUACAGUAAUUUAGAAAUCGUAAUAUUUUUGGUGAUAUCUAAACAGUGCCUGAUUGUACUUAUUUUAGUCCUUCGCUAGCUUUUGUGCGAUUGAUUAAACAGGUGUCAAUAAAAUUAGUUUCUUGUGAAGCUUGUUGCAUUAGACAUAAGGGUACAGUAUGUUACAUUAUUACAGGUACUACCACUCACUACAUAUCUUUAUGCAUAAUACAAUUAUUUUUCAACACAUUUUGAGCUUUACCUGUCUGUGCCCUGCCCCACAAUUGCUGUUUGUGAGUGUUGCUGUUUGCAUGUCACUUUCCUUCCCCCAUCUUGAGAAAUGCUGUUAUACUUAAAAUUCUUUUCUUCGUGGUUUAUUUAGUGUUGUUGAUUAAAUUAUAUUUUGUUUACAUAAUUAAAUUGAUGUACCGGUAUUAUUUAUUGUGUGAAUAGUCCCAGAAUUAUAAGAGCUCUACAUUACGAAGAAUUAGGUCAUUUCUUUUAACACUAACAUUCUGAUGAUGUGCUUUAGCGCCAUCCAUACUUCAACAGUAAACUUUCUGAUGACGCGAAAAUGCAGCAUCCAUCUCUAAAUUACCGAAAGUUAUAUUUUUUUCAUUAUUGUUACUUAUGAUUUUGGAGAGUACAGAUCAUAAAUAGUUUAUUAGGAGACCAUCUAGAUAUCACGUCAGCCAACUCUUGUCAGUCCAAAGGAUAAUUUCUCUGCUUAUGAAUAUGUUCACUUUUGUUUGCAAAUUUUCUGCCAGAAAAAUAGGAAAAUUGUUUCUUUUUACUGUGAUAUACAGUGAUAAAAUGUGUGUACAUUUCCAUAAUUAAUUAAUAUGUGGUUAAAUUACCCUAGUCUGUUCUCAUAUCCUAUCCCUAUUGACCGAUACCAGUAUUGUCGUAAACCUGAACAUUAUCAGACUUGUCUGAUUGACAAGGAGUGGGCUCCAUAUUGGUGCCUCAUACUCUUAUAAAUCAUGUGGGAACAAAACAAAUGUUUUAAAUGACUACUUGUUUAGAUUCCUGAAAACUGUUAUGUUUUCUAUCUUUGUAACAACUUCUAAUGUUGCUUUGGUUUUAUGUGGGCAGGUUGCAGUGCCUAUCAGGCUGUUCUGUUUUUCUAGUCUUCUCCACUUGUUCUCAUUACUUUGCAUUUGCUGUGAUUGAAUUACAAUAGCCACUUUAUUUGACUAAUAUAAAUCAAUAGGAAGAUACACCAAUCCUCUAGCAAUAGUCUUUGAAGUUUUGCUCUUUUCAUAUAAUAAUAAUAAUAAUAAUAAUAAUAAUAAUAAUAAUAAUAAUUUCCUUUAAGCUAUGUAUCAACUACAGAUAUCAGCAUGUAGGCAUCCAUAUCCACCAGUAUUACUUACUUAUGUUACUUACAAUGUCUCCAAACUUUGUGGAAUCCAACCUGUUUGAUGGCUUCACAUUGUAAUUCAGGGCUAGGAUUCAUCAAGCAUUUAUGCAACCAUUACAAAUCCUGUACAACUUUCCUCAAUUAUGAAGACUUUGUGUACAGUUAUUAAGGUUUGAGCUCCAAAGCACUAUGUUGUUUACAACAACAAUAACCUUGGAUUGGAAAGCUUCAAAACUUGUAAACUGCUUAAUAACUAAACAACGAUGCUGUGAUUAAAGAAAAAUGUACAGAUUUUGCAAGUGGUUGAAUAAAUGCUUGCCAAGUCCCGACACUGUUUUCUGUUAGGUAUUUUCUUACUCGAUUAGUAUUCAUAUUACCGUAACCUGCUUCUCCAUUGUAUAUACUUUGUCUUCUGCAGUGGACAGUGUUAAAGGCAAUUUGGUAACUAUAUAGGAACAUGCAUGCUACACACUUUUUUUUUCUGUCUUGUGCUAAUUAUUCUAUAAUAUUAGUAGGCCAGGUAAACUGGUAUUGCACCUUUUCUAGUUUGCUGAUAUGCUUCUUGAGAUAUGGAUACCAUACAGCUGCUGCAUACACUAAUUUUUGGUUUCUUGAAUGGCAUGGACAAUUUCUUUAGUAUUUUCCCAUUGAAGAAUUUAAAAGCAAUUUGAAAUUUGCAAGUACUGUACUGUACAGUUCUGUUUAAUGUUGGCCCUUUUCUCGAUGCCUCUAAUGUGAUCCUCUGGCGACAGGUUUUCUAUCCAGAGCCAUCUCUAGAUCUCCUCCUUAAAGUUCUUUAGUAUUUUUUUACAUAAUUUAUAGACUACAUGUGACCUAUUUUCCCUAUUCCACAUUUCAGUAUGUGACAUUUGUCCACAUUGGAUUCUGACUGCCACAUGUGACUCCAUUUGCCAUUUUUGUUUAGGCCAUUUUGAAGAGCAUUAGUCAUGUAGGUCUUUAAUUCUCUUCAGUCAUCUGGCAUUAUCCAUAAACAUGUUCAUAUACCUGAAUCUCCUCUGGUAGAUUGUUUAUAUAGACAAGGAACAUUACCAAUACUGUACCUUGUGCUAAUAGUGUGAUAUAUAUUCUUUAAUCACUGCUCUCAUUUUUCUGUCGAUUAGAAAAAUGUUUCAUACAGGUCAGUAGUCUGCCUUUCACCUUUGCCAUAUGUCCUGGCUUUCAGAACAGUCUCUUGUGGGCAGUUUCUGUAAAAGGCCCCCCCUUUUUUUUUUUAUAGGUCCAUGAAGAUGCAUUCAACCCAACUUCCUCUCUGUGUGGCUGUGUGUGAACUCUUCUAGAUGUGCUUGAAGUGAGCAUCAAGAACUUUAAUUCAUUCCAUUUAUGACUCGUACUUUAAAUUCUAAAAUCUAUACAACUCAUUUGUUUCUUCAGUUUUUUCUAUCUCCCCUUGUUCUGCAAUUUCUAGCUGUGAACAUUGUUUCUGUCUACUUGGUCAAUUCCCCUUAGAAUCUUGUAUAUUAUCAUAUCUGCUCUGUUCCUUUCUCCAUUGAGGCAAGAUCAGUUCCUUUAGCUCUGGAAAUGAGCCUUGUUGCAUAUCUUUUGAUCUUUUCAAUUUUUUUUUAGGUGGGGGUUCCAUACCAGGGCAGAGUACUCAACAUUGAGUCUCAAUGUUUGGAUAGCUCCUAUGUUCAAUUUCCUAAAGGCUAUUUGAAUGUUGGUCAGUUUGGCAUGAGCAACACACGUUAUUCUGCUGAUGUGUGUGUGUAUAAAGUUUGGAGUUAUGUCUACUCCAGUAUCUUAAUGAAGUAGGAAGCAAUUUCCUUUAUUUUGUAUUGUAUUUGAGGUAUUUGCAUUGUAUAUGUGCAUGUAUGCAACUUGUUCAUAAUUACUAUCAGCAUCUCCAAGCAGCAAGAACAGUCGCAUGGAACCCCAUAACCUAGCUAUCGAUACCUGGUGCUUUUAAAUUUAAAAAAAUUCUCGGUUACUUUCUAAGAUGCUUUUGAAACUGUGGAUAAGGAUAGCAUUCAUAACUUAUUUGAAUGCAUUCCAUAAAUAAUCCUGAUUAUAAAAAAAGUCAGUCUUGAUCUUGUACAAGGAUGUGAAGAAUGCUAUGCUCUAUUCUCAGAAAUGUAUGACCCUUAGAGUACAAUUUUCACAGGCAAAAUCUUCAAAAAGAUAAAGUAAUAGAUUUUGUGUACAGUUACAUAGAAACUUAAGAUACUUAGGUAAUGUCUUAAUAAUAUGUUGUGUUUAUAAGCAGUGCAGUUUAAAUAGAACCAUAAAAUAAUGUUAUGCCACUUUGGGUGCAAGUCAGACGAAAAUUCUGAAUUUUUUCCAUAAUUUUAUAAAAACAAAGUUAAUGCAACCAGAAGCCAUAAUGUAUAUACUCUAUAUUAUCUGGAAUGUUAUGUCUCAUUUGUACAUACAAAUUUGCAUUAAAGACAUAUUCGUGACAGUUAUGUUUAACAAAGCCAAUGCUCUGAAUAGCUAGACAGCCAGUCACAAAAUAUACCUAGUAUUUACUGGUUGGUGUUAACAUUUUGUUAAUUUAAUGUCUUCAAAUGCAUUUAGCAGGCACCAUACAUAGUCUUCCCAGCUUGGCACCUUUUGAUAAUUAUUAAGCAGGUGCCCAUGAAUCCAGGUCGUUAGAGGUCCAUUCUGGCAUUGGUGUAAUAUUAAAGGCAAACCUUUGGCUGAAGCAUUCUUUUAUACAUAGUUUGCUUCUCGGUUCGCACUUAAGUCGCACUGUGCAAUGUAGUGUAGCUGUAUACAUAUCCCCCCUCCCUCCCUCCCAUAAGAAAUAUUCAUCAUUUUAUAAUGUUAGGUUGUAUUUCACAUUAACAAAACAUGGUUUUUGAGGACAUGCAGUUUUGUGUAUGAGAAGUUAUGAUUUUUAAACAUUUAUAUCUACUUUAAGCUUCAGAAGUUGACAUGGUUGUUAAAUUUAUAAUGAAAGAAUAAAAUACAUGUUAC